CAGGAACGUGCCGGGGGCGGUUCUUCACACGGCAGCCCCGGAAAUAAGCCGGUCAGCUGACCGGAAGCUAUGGAGCAAAGCAAGAUGGCGUCUCCUAAGAGCGCGCCUAAGGAUGCUCAGGUUAUGGCCCAGAUCCUGAAGGACAUGGGGAUCACGGAGUAUGAACCCCGGGUGAUCAAUCAGAUGUUGGAAUUCGCGUACAGGUAUGUGACUACUAUAUUGGAAGAUGCAAAAAUUUACUCAAGUCAUGCUAAGAAGUCCAGUGUUGAUGCAGAUGAUGUGAGACUAGCAAUCCAGUGUCGAACAGACCAGUCAUUUACCUCUCCUCCCCCAAGAGAUUUUUUGCUAGAUAUUGCAAGACAAAAGAAUCAGACCCCCCUGCCAUUGAUAAAGCCGUAUUCUGGACCCAGACUGCCACCUGAUAGAUACUGUUUAACAGCUCCAAAUUACAGACUUAAGUCCUUGCAAAAAAAGGUCUCUUCCUCUGCGGGAAGAAUAACAGUACCCCGACUAAGUGUUGGUGCUGUAAGUAGUAGACCUAGCACGCCUACGUUAGGAACUCCUUCAGCACAAACAGUAGCUGUUUCAACAAAAGUUGGCACUCCGGUAUCGCUGACAGGUCAAAGGUUUACUGUACAAAUCCCAUCCUCUCAGACAACAGUCAAAUCAGCAACGCCUACUACACCUACAGUUCAGAAUGUUCUGAUUAAUCCUUCAUUAAUUGGAUCAAAAAACAUUCUGAUUACUACAAAUAUGAUAUCACAGAAUGCAGCCACUGAGGCAAAUCCAUUGAAAAGGAAGCAUGAAGAUGAUGACGAUUAUGAUAAUUUAUAAAGGGAUACAGUCCAGUCUCCAUACUUUUUCAGAGGUGUGAUUCAUAUUGAGUCUGAUGCCGAGUUGGAACUUGCCAAAAUGUUGUUCACAAAUUGUGGACAGAAAAUGUGUAAAUAUUCAGAGUUAAUGGAAUCAGGAGAAGAAUGAUAUUGCUAGAACGAUGCUGCAAUAAAAGCUGUUUUUUAACCUUGUCUGUGAUUCAAAAUCUCUUUUGGUGCUUGCUCACCAUGAUGUUCAUUAUUAUUCAGGGUUUCUGUCUUGUACCAUAGUUAUGUACGUCGUUCCCUCUCCUCUUGACUGUCUCUCGUGUAAUUCAAAUAGAAAUGCUUGAAGGUUUGACGAGUUCAAUUUCUGCCAGAUGCUUUUCUUACUAUACUGUUUAAGAGAAUUUUAAAAAAGGAUUCAGAGGUAGGUGUAGAAUUUGAAAGGACCAUUUUUUUAAACUAGGUUUGAAGUUGGUGUCAAUUUUUAAAUAACCGGGAAAAAGUGUUGGUUUAGUUCUUAAGAACAUUCUUUUUCUGCUCCUGAACUGCUACUCCUAAUCUGUCUCUUCAGAUGAAGUGUUUUCAUGCCACCCCAAAUCUGGAACACCAUAAUUUACCUUGUUGCAUAUUGUUUUUAAUAUAUCCUCCCAUUCAACUGCAGCUGCCUAUUAAGCUUGUCUGCAGUGAUCCCUAGCUUGAGUUGCUACAAAGAGUUUAGAACAUCAUGGAUGGUGGAGGAGGGAAGUACAUAAUGGCAGUGGCUUUGAUUUUUAACUACCUACUUUGUGCUGUUCACAGGAUCCUAAUGUACCUAGGGAUAAGAGACAGACUAACAAAUUUAGCCUCUGUUAAAACAGAUGAGCAAAUAGUUUUAUUAAGUGUCAAUCAGUAUUAACUUUCUUUGAAAAAUAUUCACUGUAGCCAUUGAAAAACUGUUGGAUUGUACUAUUUUAUGCAAAGAGGAGGUAGUAUUUCAGAUAAAUGAACCCCUUUU